AUGGAACUGAGUUCAUUUUUCACAGAAGAAGAUAGCAGCAAUACCAAACAGGCUGAACUGAUAUGGAAGAACAUCACACUCAAAACAGAGAAGAAGAAAGUGCUUCUAAAUGGGGUUGAUGGUAAAAUAGAGCCUGGAACAAUGGUAGCCCUGAUGGGCAGUUCUGGUGCUGGUAAAACAACCCUUUUAAAUUCGUUAACUGGUCGAAUUCCUUCCAACCUCAACCUGACUGGUGAAAUCCUCGUAAAUGGGAGACCCAGAACGAACGAGUCGUGGUCGAACACCAGUGCAUACGUGAGCCAGACAUUCUACGCCUACGAAAACCAGACUGUAAAGGAGACUCUUCAGUUUGUCUCUCGAAUAAAGAAGAGCAAGGAGAAGUCGCCUGACUACGACGAAGACGCCUUCAUCAGGAACCUUCUUUCUGUUCUUCGCCUGCAGAAUGUGCAGGAGAGCUACGUCGGAAAGCUCUCUGGUGGAGAGCGAAUCAGGCUGAGUGUUGGACUGGAGCUGAUUGGAAACCCAAGUCUCCUCUUCCUGGACGAGCCACUCUCUGGACUCGAUUCAACCAAUGCGACCAAAAUACUCGAAUUCCUCCAUGGCCUGGCCAAAGCAGGUAAAACACUCAUCGUCACCAUCCACCAGCCCAGCUACAAAAUGAUCCAAUUUUUUGAUAAGAUUUAUUUGAUGGCCCAGGGUGGACUCGUAUUUGAUGGAACCUGUUGCGACUGCAUCGACUUCUUUGCUGAAAACGGCUAUCCGCUGCCCCAUCACACCAAUCCAACCGAUCACUUUCUUGAUACGACUGCAGUUGAUCCAGAAGAGGAGGCUGAAUCGAGGAGGCGAAUUGACUCGUUGAAGGAGGCCUGGAUUAGGAGAAGCAAAUCGUACGAAAUCACCACUGAUGCACCCCUAGGGGUAGUUAGUGACCAAAAUGGCUGUCUCAGGCGACCAGUCUUCGUCGACAUCCUUAGGCGUAACCUCGUUGACAUUAGGCGGAAUACGCCCUACCUAAAGACGAAGACCCUUCAGCGAGUUGUCAUUUCUGCCCUACUAAGCGUAACCUACUGGUUUGUGGGGAAGAAGUCGCCUGUUUCAGUCUACUCCUUCAGGGGCAUUCUCACGUUUCUGGUCAUGAACGAGUUAUUUGGAAUAUGUGGGCCAAUCUUCAACAUAUUCAAACAGGAGCAACGAGUGAUACUGAGAGAGAGGCAGAGUGGAUUCUACAGCGGAUACACAGUUUAUUUGGCUCGAUUUGUAUCAGAGAUGACUGUCCUGCUUCUACUGGAAAUUCCGUACCUUACGGCAGUCUACGUCUUUACUGGAUUCUUCGACAGUUUCCCACGUUACAUCGUCUUCAUGCUCAUUCUGGUUUGUGAGAUCAUGUUUGGAGUCAGUCUGGGACUGACAGUGAGCAUUGUUGCCCCUACGGCCAAUACAGCACAGGCACUUGGUGCCACCCUAUCAAUUCUAUUUAUUCUUUAUUCUGCUGCAUUCAUAUCACCAGGUGAUCUACCAGGAUGGAUCAGCUGGCUGAUCUAUCUCUCACCAGUGCAUUACGCAUUCAGGGCAGCAGUUCAGACGCAGUCUCAGGGAAAGAAGUUCACGUUUGAGGAGUCGAAUUCACCUGUGAUCAGCUCUGAUGAAUUGGUGACGUCAUUUGGAUUAGAUGGGUUGAAUACGCCAAUAUGUAUUAUGAUGAUGAUUGUGUUUACAACACUGAUGGGAGUGCUUGGAUCAGUGACAUUGCACUAUCAGACAAGGAACAAGAUAGUAAGUUAA